AUGUCCACAACACACAAGUCUUCAGUAGAACAGAGACUGGACCGCCACGAAACUCUGCUUAUGUCAUGCGUCCAGGAAAUUAAGGAAUUAAGGGCAAUGUUAAACACUGAAAGACAGAAGAAUGAUCAACAAGAAUCACAACUCAACCAGUAUAGAUCAAGAAGUGAACAACUCAAUCAGUCAAGUUCUAGAAGUGGUUCUCGACAUAGGUCCAGGACACCUUCACGUGGAUCGGUUUGCUACUAUCAUUAUAGAUAUGGGGAGAAGGCUACAAAGUAUUCAGGAUCUGUUAUAUCCAUUUUACCAGCUCAGAAGUUUGCCAAUGGUCAUUCUAAGGAAGAGUUAGUUCUUUUUGCAGCAAACUCUAGCAGAAUUUCCACGUAUGGCAAGAGAACUCUGGAGCUGGAUUUAUCACUACGCAGAAGCUUUAGCUGGCAGUUUGUUGUUGCCGAUGUGGCGACAGCCAUAAUAGGAGCAGAUUUCCUGAGCAACUACAAUCUAUUGAUAGACUUGAAGGGCAGAAGAUUGAUUGAUUCGACCACAGGCCUUACCUCUGAUGGAAAGGUACUCAAGGCACAGCAAUUCAACAUCUCCACUGUUAACCCGGCAGAGCCUUUCAAGGAUUUACUGGCACAAUACAUCGCUAUAACAAAGCCACAGGUAACCACCAAUAAUAAAUCAUCUCUUUUUGCCCACAGGAUAACCACAACAGGUCCACCAUUAGCUUCAAGAUUCAGGAAGAUCUUCGGAGAAAAGGCUGUUGCAGCCAGGUCCGAGAUACAAGAUCUCCUGAAUAGGGGCAUUUUGAGGCCUUCCAACAGUCCAUGGGCAAGCCCUAUUCACAUGGUUCCUAAAAAGAAUGGCACAUUCAGAAUGUGUGGAGACUACAGGAGGCUGAACGCAAACACGUUGCCCGACAGGUAUCCUCCACCAUUAAUACAAGAUGUUUUCAAUAAUCUUCAUCAGAAAGCAGUAUUUUCUACAAUAGAUUUAGAAAAAGCUUACCACCAAGUACACAUGCAUGAAGAGGAUAUACAAAAGACUGCAAUUAUCACACCAUGGGGACUCUUCGAGUAUCUACGUAUGCCAUUUGGACUCAAAAACGCUGCCCAGACAUUCCAGAGGUUUAUCAAUCACAUAUUCCAAGAUUUCAAUUUUGUUUACAUUUAUAUAGACGACAUCCUGGUCAUGUCGACUGAUAUGAAUGAGCACCGUAGUCAUCUUCAAUUGGUUUUUGAGAAGCUACAGGAAUAUUCACUCACAAUCAACUUAGAGAAAUGCGCCUUUGGAAAAGAUGAAGUUAACUUCCUCGGGUACAAACUGAGUGCUGCAGGAUAUUCUCCUUCACCAGACCGAGUAGAGAAAAUUAUUAAUUAUCCAAAACCUUCGACAGUUAUAGAACUCAGAAGAUUUUUGGGCAUGGUAAACUAUUAUCGUAAAUCAAUACCCAAAGCAGCAAAUAUACAAGCACCACUUUAUGACAAGCUGAAGGAAGCUCUAGCAAAUACAACUCUUCUUCAUUUUCCUUCAAGUAUAGCAAAUAUUAAUUUAAUUACAGAUGCAUCUACAACAGCCAUUGGAGCAACUCUGGAGCAGGAAGAAAAUGGUGCAUGGCACCCUAUAGGUUUCUUUUCCAGAAAGCUCACAGCUACUGAACAGCGAUAUUCAACCUACGAUCGGGAACUACUAGCCAUCUUUGCGGCUUUAAAGGUGAUCAGAACGUUGUUGCUGAUGCGUUGUCCAGGAUCAAUGCCAUCAAAGCUAACCGAAGAGGAAAUUUCGCAAGAACAGAGCAAGGACGUUGAAAUGCAAACUAUAUUGAACGGCAACACAUCUAAUAAUCUUCAAAAAUUGACAUUAGGGGGCUAUCCAGUUUAUUGCAACAGGCAAGAUAAUUGUGUGAAGCCCUACCUUCCACAAAGUCUUCGCAGAAUUGCUUUUGACAUUGUACAUGGAAAUGCACACCCAAGCAUAAGGAUUACUUCAAGGGAGUUGCGAAGAAGAUUUUCGCAUAUUCACAUUGACAUAAUCAAAUUACCUAAUGUUAAUGGAUAUCCUUAUUGCCUAACAAUCAUCGACAGAUUUACAAGGUGGCCAGAAGCUGUUCCUCUAAAGAACAUUUCUGCAGACACGAUUGUCCAAGCCCUAUUUGCAAACUGGAUAUCAAGAUUUGGUACACCAUGUGUGAUAACAUCCGACCAAGGAUGCCAGUUUGAAUCAGCUAUAUUCAAAUCAUUAAUGGAUGCAAUAGGUGCUAAGAAAAUACGGACAACGGCAUAUCACCCUCAGUCCAAUGGUCUGGUUGAACGCUGGCAUAGAACCCUGAAAACAGCUUUAAUGUGCUCUCCUGAGCCUUGGAUCGAAGUAUUACCUGUAGUCUUACUAGGUUUACGUUCUUCAUACAAAGAAGACCUUGAAGCAUCUCCUGCUGAGAUAACCACAACAGGUCCACCAUUAGCUUCCAGAUUCAGGAAGAUCUUCGGAGAAAAGGCUGUUGCAGCCAGGUCCGAGAUACAAGAUCUCCUGAAUAGGGGCAUUUUGAGGCCUUCCAACAGUCCAUGGGCAAGCCCUAUUCACAUGGUUCCUAAAAAGAAUGGCACAUUCAGAAUGUGUGGAGACUACAGGAGGCUGAACGCAAACACGUUGCCCGACAGGUAUCCUCCACCAUUAAUACAAGAUGUUUUCAAUAAUCUUCAUCAGAAAGCAGUAUUUUCUACAAUAGAUUUAGAAAAAGCUUACCACCAAGUACACAUGCAUGAAGAGGAUAUACAAAAGACUGCAAUUAUCACACCAUGGGGACUCUUCGAGUAUCUACGUAUGCCAUUUGGACUCAAAAACGCUGCCCAGACAUUCCAGAGGUUUAUCAAUCACAUAUUCCAAGAUUUCAAUUUUGUUUACAUUUAUAUAGACGACAUCCUGGUCAUGUCGACUGAUAUGAAUGAGCACCGUAGUCAUCUUCAAUUGGUUUUUGAGAAGCUACAGGAAUAUUCACUCACAAUCAACUUAGAGAAAUGCGCCUUUGGAAAAGAUGAAGUUAACUUCCUCGGGUACAAACUGAGUGCUGCAGGAUAUUCUCCUUCACCAGACCGAGUAGAGAAAAUUAUUAAUUAUCCAAAACCUUCGACAGUUAUAGAACUCAGAAGAUUUUUGGGCAUGGUAAACUAUUAUCGUAAAUCAAUACCCAAAGCAGCAAAUAUACAAGCACCACUUUAUGACAGCGCACUGUACACUAUCGGUACACAUAGCAUGGAGCGUUUCUUCUUAUCAGCGGGUGAUUGUCCGAGUGGUAACGUCGGCGAAUUGUAA